UUAUCAUUUAUCAGUGUCAUAUAGGCCAGUAUGCAGGGAAGUAAUUCUGAAGUUGCACUUCAGGGUUCUUUACAGGUAGCAUUUAUUGUACAGUAAAAGAGCAGAAAAUGAAAAACUUGUCAGCUAGAUGAGGUUUUUUUUCCUCUUUGUGUGAACUGCUUGGCAGAGUUGAUGGACACAGACUCCCACGCUUCUGGGCAGCCCAUCGCUCACAGAGGGGGAGGCCAUCUGGUGAUGGCAUUAGGAGAUGACAGGAAGCCCGUGAACAAAGCCACAGCUGAGGCUCACCCCCAUACCUGUACUUGCCAUAAUGAGGCGAUUUCAGCUCUCCAGUCAGAGGUGGCCAGGCUGAAGAAAGAUCUGGAGAAGAGCCUGCAGUACCUGCCAUAUAUCACCAAGAGAAUGGACUGUUUGGCUUCCAAGUGCAAAGUGAAGAAGAGGUGUCGACGAAAGGUUGUGGAAAACUGCAGUUCAGAGGACUGGAUUACCUCAGGAAGUACUGAAGAUCCAGAUCUUUCUCCAAGUCAGCAUGACGUACUGGCCAGUCCUCGGGAAAAGGACACCACCAGUCACAGGGGAUACCCUUAUUGUGAUGAACGGGGAAGGUCAUUGGCCAAAAAACAUGUAUUCGCAGCACACAGCUCAAUCCACUUGAAGGGGAAGAAGCUUCCCUUAACUCAAAGUAUGUGUCUUUCAACAAAAAGUGUAAACCAGCUGCAUCAAAAGGACUGGAGGUCAUCCUGGAGCUUACCUGCUGGCAUCACGGCAAUAGAGGACCACCAGAGACGCUCCUUACAAUCAGAUUUCGCCAUGCUGCCUAGAAAUCAACUCUUCCAAAAAACACAGUGUCCACCUCACACUGCUUCAAAGGCCAGGAGUCACAGAAGGUCCAGAGAGAAGAAGAAUGAAGAGGUCAGUCGCACCCUGGACAUGGCUAUUGAGGCUGCCUGGAGCAUGAAGCAGACAACAGAGCGAAUGGCCAGAAACCUGUCUGUGGACUUGGCCAAAGUGGAGCUGUACCAGAAGCUGCACGGUCUGGACCCACAUAGCAGUGGGACAAAUGAUAGCUGUUAG